AUGGGUUUGGGGCUGAGAGACAACAGCUGGAUGACUGACACGGUCCACCCUGAGGCCACCUGUCACCCCCACACCUUCUACACCUACUGGAACCUCCAUGCAACCGCGUUUGCCCCGAGCCCUGUGCCUGCCAGGGCCCUGCGCGGCCAGCUGCCCCCGACGCUCGUGCCCGGGCUCGGCAGCCGCCUGUGCUCAAACCCUCGCCCGGUGCCGGCCGCUCUUCCGCACUGUCCCUCCCGCUCCGGGCUUGGUCCUUCCGUGGCGCGGGCGCUGCGGCUCCGAGGGAGGACCGGGGUCCGCCCGCGGCUUCUCCCACCCGCAGGGCCCGCCGCGGGGGACGCAGCGGCCGCCGUCCUCCAGGGCUCCUUCCGGCAGCGCCUGGCGAGGAGGGAGCUGGGGCGCCGCCGGCGGGGGCGCCGGGACUACCUGGAGCGGCGGGACGAGCUGCAGCGCCGCCGCCUGCGGGACGCCGCCUUCCACGGGGACCCGGGCGAGAUCCGGGCGGUCCUCACGGAGGUCGGGCGCCUUCGGCGGACGCCGCUGUACCGAGCAGCCUGAGGCCACCUGGAAGCCGCGGAGGUGCCUCUGGAGCUCGGCGCAGACCCCCGGGUGUCCGCGGACGCCGGGAGCACCCCCGAGCAGGUGGCCUCGCUGGACGCCGUGGUCAGCGUGCUACAGUCGUGGAACCUGAGCCUGACAGAGGCCAUGCUACGGAACACGGAGGCAGAGCGGCAGCGCCGGGUGCAGGAGGCCCAGAAGCACGAAGAGGCCGAGGCCCGGCGCAUGAACCUCAAGGUGCAACAGCUGGCCAAGGAACAGCAGCAGUGACACAAGGAGCUGCAGCAGGCCUACUGCGAGCUCAGCCGGAGGGUCGCGGAGCACGAGCUGCGCGAGCGCAGGCGCACGGGCAGGAGCGAGCUCACGCUGCAGGCCAUCAAGGACGCAGAGGCCCAAGUGAGCAGGAUGCGGCAGGAGGCCCAGAAGGCCGAGGAGUCGAUGGCUAUGGCCAGGCUGGAGCUGCGGGAGCAGACGCCGCAGGAGGAGUUGGCGACGCCUGGGCUGAAGUGCCAGGUCACCGAGCUGCACGACGUGCUCAUGAAGGACGUGGGCGACCGCACCCGCGCCGACGGCCGGUGGCCUCUGGUCAUCGACUCUUCGGGCCAGGCGGCCACCAUCCUGCGCUACCGGGACACCGACUACGUGGACACGGUGAACCCAGAGCACCCGAGGUCGGAGCGGAUCCGGCUGGCUCUGCGGAGGGCGCUCAGGUACGGGAAGCCGCUGGUGUUCGACCUGCGUGAGCGGCAGCUGGAGGCGGUGCAGCCGGGCCUGGCGCGGGCGCUGCUGAGCCGCGGGCUGCUGGAGCACGAGAGGUACCUGGCGCUGCGGCCCGGCGAAGGGCCCGAGUACGCCCCCGUCCAGUUCCAGGAGGCGCGCCUGGAGCACUUCCGCCUCCUCUUGGUCACCGAGGCUCAGUGGCCGCCGGCCGAGCAGCUGCAGGUUCUGUUGCCCAUGCGCGUGCAGCUGCCCGGUGUCGGCCUCUAG